AUAUAUAAGCUGCUGUUGAGCUUCAGAGCGGAACACACAAAUCGUCGAGCGAAGCCCAGUAGUGAAGUUGGGUAUUAUUUUGUCAUCAAUUUCUGCUAAAAUGGAGCUCUAUAUUCAUUCGAUGUCCCCACCAUGUUGGUCUGUUUUGCUACUCGGCCGUCAGUUGGAUCUGAAAAUCAAAUCUAAAAUAUUGAACUUCGAAACGGAGGAACAUCUGAAAGAGGAUUUCAUCAAGCUCAAUCCUGAACACACGGUGCCUACCUUGGUGGAUGGUGAUUUCGUUCUCAGUGAGUCGCGUGCGAUUCUGUCCUACCUGAUGGAUGCCUAUGCGAAAGAGAAUCACCCGUUCUACCCGCGGGAUGCGAAAACCCGAGCCUUGAUCCAGCACAGGCUGAACUUCGAUUUGGGAACCCUGUACAGCCGGUUUUACGCUUACUGUUCGCCGAUGUGGAACAAGAAAGUGACUUCAACUGAAGCCCAACGGGACAAGCUGUACGAUGCGUUGGGAUUCCUUGAGACGUACCUUGGUCGGAAUCGUUACGCUGCCGGAGAUCAUCUAACCAUUGCGGAUAUUUCGUUGGUGGCCAGUGUUUCUGCGAUCGAUCUUUGCUUUGUGAAGUUGGAAAAGUACCCGAAAGUGGUGGCGUGGUAUGAGCGUUGUAAGAAGGAGCUGCAGGGGUAUGAGGAUGUUGUGGGUAGUCAGUUCGAAGGCUUCCGGAAGUUUUUGACCGUUCCUGCUGAAUCUGGUAGUGAAUAAAUAAAAAAUGACUGACGGAUUACAAUCAAGUUAGCAGUUGUGUUAGGUUUUCCAACAGUAUAUGAAGGUUUUGUAUAAAAAUGAAGGAAUAAAAAAACAACAG